CGCUACUGUGAUAUAAUUGAAACAUUGAGGUCAUUGCUUAGCGCAAGCGCACUGGAAGGUUAGGGGAGUGUACAAUGAGUGGUUUGUUCGGACUACCAGUUUGUCUUUAGUAUUUCCAUAGAUGAGGUCGGGGCACUAGUUUUUGAUUUUGGAUCAUAUUCUCUUCGAGGUGGUUUUGCUGGCGAAGAUAACCCGAAGGUUGAUAUUUGUAACUCAUAAUUAUCAGUUAAGAUUGAUAUUCCAUCUACUCUUGGAAUUAUUGGAAAUGAGGAAGGUCUACCGGCGAAAAGAGUCGUUGGGCAAAAUAUAUUGGUCCCUCGUAAAGGAACUGACCUCCAAUCAUUUCUUAAAGAUGGAUUAAUUGAUGAUUGGGAUGCCUUUGAAGAUGUGAUGAGUCACAUGCUACGAUACCUUACACCCGAAGAGGCUAGUCAUCACCCGGUACUUUUUUCGGAACCUUCAUGGAAUACAAAGUCAAAACGAGAGAAAAUUGCUGAGAUUUUGUUCGAGAAGUUCAAAGUUCCAGCAUUUUAUAUAGCCAAGAAUGCUGCACUUACUUGUUUUGCAAAUGGCAGACACACUGGUUUGGUUUUGGAUUGUGGUGCUAUUCACACAUCAGCCGUCCCCGUGUACGAUGGUUUAGUUCUAACUCAAGAGGUCAUACGUUCUCCUUUGGCUGGAGAUUUUAUUGUCCAGCAGGCACAAAAGUUAAUUCUGGAUGAGCUUAAAAUAGAGGUUGUUCCUUAUUAUCGUGUUGCAUCUAAGGAGCCUGUAAAUGAACGUGAACCUGCAAAAUGGAAAGAACGAACAAAUUUACCACCCGUUUCCACAUCAUAUGAGAAUUAUAUGUUAAAAUGUCAAAUACAAGAUUUUGUGGCAUCAGUUUUACAAGUUUCUGAAGAUCGUUAUGAUCAAAGCCAAGCAGACACUUUUCCAAUGGUUGGUUAUGAGUUUCCGAAUGGAUUCAAUUUUGAACUGGGUCAUGAACGUUUUCAAAUCCCUGAGGCUUUAUUUGAUCCAUCUAUAUUGUUAGAAGCUGGCGGGAGUUCAAUGUUAUCAAUGAGUCACAUAGUGGCUAGUAGCAUUAGUUUAUGUGAUAUUGACAUUCGACCUAGUUUAUAUAGUAAUGUCAUAGUUGUUGGUGGUAACAGUUUAAUUACUGGAUUUACAGAUAGAUUACAACGAGAUUUGAAUAUUAAAACACCACCGAGUAUGAGAUUAAAAGUCAACUUUCCUAGUACAACAGCUGAACGUCGUUAUUCCAGUUGGAUUGGUGGUUCUAUUCUAGGAUCAUUAGGUACAUUUCAACAAAUGUGGAUAUCUAAUCAAGAAUAUAAUGAAUUAGGCAAAGGAUGUGUAGAUAAAAAAUGUGCUUAGGAAGAGCAUAUGUAUCUAUUUAUUUAUCCUACAUAUACUUCCUUUACUCACUUUCACUCUCAUGCACUGUGUGUGUGUGUGUGUAAAGGUGUAUUAACAUGUAUAAUAUAUAAGUGUAACCUGCAUUUCUUUGUAAUAUAUGUUUACGUAUUAUCUUUCUUUUCUGUGUUUACCUCGUCGACAGAGUUUAUUUUGACUUAUCACAAGUAUUAGUCGUACUCAAAGUGUAUUCCUUGCAUUUUGUUAAUAAAAUUAUAGACUUGCC